AUGAAUCGUCAAACAAACCACGAGCAAAAUUUAAAUCAAUGUGUCGUAAAUGAUGUUCUUAUUCGUAAACUGAUUGAUUCCAACGGUGGAAAUUCAGAUGCUAUAUUCAUGGCAGUUUCAAUGCUAAUAUACGGAAAUUCUAAAGAUAAAGAUUUUAAUUUUGGACAACCGGACAUAAGAAUUGUGAAUCCAGACCCUGUUAUGGUACUGCAUGUGAAGGUUUGUAAGUUUGGAAACGAAGCGACAAUUAUGGAAGCUAAAAUAUUAGUUACUAAACUUGAGGCAAUUAACAAUGUGGUCAACAUGGGACAUUGUUUCCCUAUUGCACGACUUAAAGUUGCUAGAUUUUGGCCAGAAAUUACUGAAGAAAUCAAACCAGGACUAUGUUCUAAAAACAUAGAAAUUGUAUCAGCUGAGAAUGAUCGAGUGAAGCUGUGUCAUCGAAAACGAGACAUGCAAAGCGUUUAUGGUAAGGAAAACAGCAGGCCAGGCUCCAUGAACAAAGGUAGCACUUUAACUGAUAUUGGGACUUUAUAUGGUGUGUGA